GGGCGGUUUUCAAUAGUCAGUCGAGCGAGUGUCGAGUGAGUUGGGUCCGGUUCUAAGCCAGUGGUUUUAUUUGGAAGACAUGUUUGAGUGUAUUUUGUGAAGGUGUGCGGUUAAAUUGACGUGUGAUUUACAUGCUUUUUCGGUCCAGUGUAAGCGAUCGAAGGUGCCCAAGGUGUAGAGCUACAUGUGAAGUGUUGUGCACCCUAUUAUCCCGGUCCCGAAACCAUGAGCUGGGGAUCCGAACUCUGGGACCAGUUCGAGAAUCUGUCCCUUCACACUCAAAAGGGAAUAGAAUUUCUAGAACGAUAUGGACACUUUAUUCGUGACCGAUGUGCGAUAGAGGAAGAAUAUGCCGCGAAAUUGAGACGCCUAGUGAAAACUUAUCAGCCAAAAAAGAAAGAGGAAGAAGAUUAUCAAUAUAGUCCAUGUCGAGCGUUUAGAAAAGAAUUAAAUGAAGUUAAUGAUCAAGCUGGACAAAGGGAGGUUAUUGCUGAGAAUUUACAGGAAACAGUAUUACGAGAAUUGAAUAUUCUCGUCAAAGAAUUCAAGGAGGAUAGAAAAAAACAUUUGCAGGAAGGCAUCAGGCUCCGUGCAAGUUUGGCUGGCCAAAUUGGCAAUUUGGAGCGAGCUAGAAAAGCCUAUGAAAAAGCAUUUCGCGAAGCAGAACGAGCCCUUGAAAAUUAUCAAAGAGCGGACGCUGAUUUCAAUCUUUCUCGAGCCGAGGUGGAAAAGCAGAGAAUGAACAUGACAUUAAAAACACAACAGAGCGAGGAAGCAAAAACUGAAUACGCAAAUCAAUUGCAGAAGACGAAUGAAAUGCAAACUUUGCAUUAUUAUACAUCGAUGCCGGAAGUGUUCCAUCAUUUACAGGAACUCGAUGAGAAGAGAAUAAAAAAUAUGAGAAAUUACAUGUUAAAAUCGGUGGAUAUUGAACGUGCGGUUGCUCCAAUAAUUGCCCAGUGUCUCGAUGGUAUUGAAAAAGCAGCUAAUGAAAUCAAUGAAAAGACAGAUAUGCUUUUGGUGAUUGAACGUUAUAAAAGUGGUUUUCAACCACCUGGCGAUUUUCCCUUUGAGGAUUUAUCAGUGGCAAAAACUUAUGAUAGUAAUAGUCAAUUAACACAACCUGUUAUGCAGCCUAUUCAUAAUCAUUUGACAGUUAAAGGCACUGUUUCGGGUGGCAAAAUCAAAAAAAGGGUUGGAAUCUUCAAUAUUUUUAGCAGUAAUAAGAAGUUGAUCGAGGUGUGCAUAUCUUUAAAGAAUAAUGUACCUGGUUAUGGUGAUGGUGCAAAGGAGGAUUGCAGUGAUUUACCUCCAAAUCAAAGGAAAAAAAGAUUACAACAAAGGCUCGAUGAGAUUCAUGCGAAAAUACAACAAGAAACGGCAGCGAGAGAUGGUCUUAUGAAAAUGAAAGGUGUUUAUGAACAAAAUCCAGCUCUCGGCGAUCCAACAAGUAUACAAGGUCAAUUGAAUGAAUCGAGUCAGAAACUUGAUAAAUUAGGAACAGAACUAAUUAAAUUUCAAGGUUAUUUAGAAGACGCAAUGAAAGCCGGUGUUAGUUUGUCCAGUCCAAGUCAAGUGCAGCGAAAGCCAACGACCAAUGGUUCAGCGACACGGCCGUUGAGUUCGAGAAGAUCGAGUCAUUCCGGCGGUGAGGAAAGUCUGUCGAGGUCAGCGUCAGAUUCUAGUGUAAGCAACGCAAAUGCCAAUCAACCAGUGCAUAAAAAAAGCGCUCCUGGAACUCCACAACCAACACAUUGUUCCACGAACAGCCCGGAGUCUGGUCUUGGAGCUUCUCGGACGUCCCUGCCAGGAAGUGGCGGUGAAGAUUAUUACGUCGAUGAAGUUGACGCUCAACCGCCUCUUGGAACUUGCCGUGCUCUCUAUCCAUUUGAUGCAACUAGUGAAGGAUCGAUACCAAUGUACGAUGGUGAGGAACUCUAUAUGAUCGAGGCUGAUGCGGGCGAUGGUUGGACGAGAGUUCGUCGCAUUUCACAGCCAAUCGAAGGAUUUGUUCCCACAUCAUACAUAGAAUGUCAUCUCUACAAUACUUAGCCAUUGGAACUUGGUAACUAGAGGACAAAGAAUCGAUUCAUUAAACAAAAAAAGGAAGUCAAAUUUCUUUGGGAAGGAAAUUUUUUUUUUUUCCCCAAAAAAAAGAAAUCUUCAACAGGGCCUAGGAACAAAAACAAGUAAUACUAUUCUAUUUAAGCCCCUUUAAAAAAAAAAAAAAAAAAAUUACCCAGAAUAAUCAUUCUGUGGUUUUCUUUAUGUGCCACAAAAUUAAAAAUUUCACCUCACAAUCAUGCAAUCCAAUUUUUUCAAAUUGCGUGCAAUACUUUUUUCUUUGCAGGUGAUAAUGCUUUAUUUCCGUCGAAAAAAAAAGAAACUUGUUUAGAAUGACUCAUUCAUAAAGCCCUUUUUAUCGUUAAAUUUUAAGCUUUGUAAAUAUUGUCGAAAAAGGUUCUUGAAGAAAGAGAGAGAGAGAAAGAAAGUAUGAAUGUUUUGAUCUUAAUCGUUGAAUCACAAAUUACGAGUUUUUCACGAGGAUCUUAAAAAUUUUCUGUAUUUAAAAACUGUUUAUUUGUUCGUUUUUUUUGUACUUUUUAUUAAGGACUCACUGACGCUUUUAAUAUUAAUUUUAAUGUUAAAAAUACGUUUUUUUUUGUUCGUUAUAUUCGCGAUUGUUUUGCCAAUUAAAUUGACUAGUUAGAUAUAUAUUUAUAAAAAAAAAAAAAAAAAAUGCUCGUGCUCAGGAUUAUGUUUUUUUUUUGUUUUAAAUAUUUGCGAAUUGCUCAUUUAAAAUUCCGGAGUGGAAUGCUAGUCAAAGCUGGUGAGUUAAAAAAAAAAAAAAAGAAAAUUACCCUAACUCACCCAUCCGGAAAAGAAUUUUUUUUGUAUAGUUUAGUUUUCGGUGAAGACUCGUAAUUUCAUGGGGCAAUUUCUCAUGAUCUGAUUUUGCAUUCUUUAUCGGUGCAAAUUUAAAUAAUUUUUUUUUUUUUUUUUUUUACCUAGUUUUUAAGUAGUCAUCACCGCCCGUCGCGUCUAUUUUAGUCCACGUUAAUGUACAUAUUGCUAUAAAUAGAAUACUUAAUUGUUAAAGUAAAAAAAAAAAAACAAUUUUUCUUUUUAUAACGACGAAGUUAAGUUAUAAAAAAAAAAAGAAGCAAAUUUUCCUAUUUUAUCUUAGUAAAAAGAAAAAGAAAAAAAAAACUUUUUUUGCUUCGUCCCAGUUAUAUUAAUAAUAGAAAACCUGUAUUUUAUAUACUUCAAUUUAGAAUAAUUCUUAAACUGUGCUUUUUUUAAAGAAAAA